UCUUGCUUAAAAAUGUCCCUGUGUGCAUCUUCACACAAGGACUUUUCUCAGCUGCUGCCACUUCAAGAUAUUGGAUGCAAUAAAACAGAAAUUAAAAACUCACCCGCUGGUAUUGGCACUCCAGUUCCCUACAGCUGUAAUCAGUCCGUGCUGACAGUAGAACACAGUCCAGUUUAUAUCCCUUCAUCUUACAUGGAGAACAGACAUGAAUAUUCUGCAAUGGCAUUCUGCAGUCCUGCUAUGAUGAAUUACAACAUUACCAGCAAUUUUGGUGAUUCAGAGAGUGCAUCUGUGAGGCAAGCAUCAAGCCCAAAUGUGUUGUGGUCUGCUCCUGGCCAUCUCUCCCCCCUGACACUGCACUGUCAGUCAUCGCUUCUGUAUGCAGAGCAACCAAAGAGCCCAUGGUGUGAAGCAAGACCAGUGGAGCCAGUGCUACCUGUGAAUAGAGACACAUUAAAAAGAAAAACUAAUGGCAAUGACUGUACAAGCCCGAUUGCAAACAAUCCUGGCUCAAAAAGGGAUGCUCACUUCUGUGCAGUCUGCAGUGACUAUGCUUCAGGAUAUCACUAUGGAGUCUGGUCAUGUGAAGGCUGCAAAGCAUUCUUUAAAAGAAGUAUUCAAGGACAUAAUGAUUACAUAUGCCCAGCUACAAAUCAAUGCACAAUAGAUAAAAACAGGCGCAAAAGCUGCCAGGCAUGUCGACUGCGGAAAUGCUAUGAAGUGGGAAUGAUGAAAUGCGGCUCAAGAAGAGAACGUUGUGGGUAUCGGAUCCUGCGCCGCCAUCGUAGUUCAGAAGAUCAAGUGCAUUGCAUUGGCAAAGCUAAGAAAUACAGCGAGACGGCAACCCGUGUAAAAGAGAUCCUCCUCAGCACAGUCAGUCCAGAGCAAUUUGUUUUAACUCUACUUGAAGCUGAGCCUCCCAAUGUGUUGGUGAGUCGUCCCAGCAAACCAUUCACAGAGGCCUCCAUGAUGAUGUCCCUGACAAAACUGGCAGACAAAGAGCUGGUUCAUAUGAUCGGUUGGGCCAAAAAAAUACCUGGCUUUGUCGAUCUCAGCCUCUAUGACCAAGUAAGGCUUUUAGAGAGCUGCUGGAUGGAAGUUUUAAUGGUUGGUCUGAUGUGGAGAUCAAUUGAUCACCCCGGAAAAUUAAUUUUUGCACCAGACCUUGUUCUAAACAGGGACGAGGGGAAAUGUGUAGAGGGAAUUUUGGAAAUCUUUGAUAUGCUCCUGGCCAUGACCUCGCGGUUCCGAGAGCUGAAAUUGCAGCACAAGGAGUAUCUGUGUGUCAAGGCAAUGAUCCUCCUCAAUUCCAGUAUGUUUCCACUGUCAACAGAAGAACCUGAAAGCAACAGGAAGCUGCAUCACCUGCUUAAUGUAGUAACGGAUGCUUUAGUGUGGGUAAUCGCAAAGAGUGGGAUCCCCUCACAGCAGCAGACAACUCGUCUGGCCAAUUUGUUAAUGCUACUCUCCCACGUCAGACACGCAAGUAACAAGGGAAUGGAGCAUCUCCUGAGCAUGAAGUGUAAAAACGUGGUCCCAGUCUAUGACUUGCUGCUGGAGAUGUUGAAUGCCCACACUCUCCGAGGGCAAAGGAAGUCCCCAGUCACAAAUCCUGAAUUUGGCCCAUUAGAACAAAUGGAGACUGGAGAUGGUCUGUGAAACGGGGCAGCCCACUAAAUCCAUCAAGACCUGGAGUUAAAAAUGUGAAGCUUAUUCAAAGUUAUGGGAGAAAACAAAGCUACCGUGGUGAGACUGUUGAAGAUUAGGUGACUGCAGUAUGAGUCCUCAUCUCUUUUAGAUUUGCACAUGGGUAUCUUGGGAAAGGCUUGUGAGACACACAACUUUGUCCACUUUUCUGACAUUAUUAUGGCUGCACUUUUAUAGUGCCUUUUCUGAGACUCUCAAAAAGCACCUUAUGAUACUAAGCCUCAGAACACUACUGUGACAGAGGGAAUUACUGCCUCUCCUUUUUAAAGGUAGGUGAACUGAAACGAAGAGAUAAAGUGACUGGUUUAAGAUGACAGAAGAAGCCUGUGUCGGGGUGAGGAGUCAGGUCCUAGGUCUCUUUCUCCCAGACCAAUGCUUUUAAGCACUCACUAGGCUCUCUCCUCUUUUAGUAUGAGGUUGUAUGAAAUGUACAGCUGCAUCAUUUGGGAGAGAUUUGCCUACCUGUGUGUGCUGGUCACUGAGAAAUAUCUGCUUUGCAGUUGAUCUAGAUAAAGUGCCGAGAUACAUAUACAGUGUAAAGGAGUUUCCUCUCUUCAUAAAUACACAAUGGCUGCAAAGGGGAUGCUUCAUUUGAAGGCCAUUCAGAAUAGCUUCUAGGACCGAUUGCGAGUCUCUUCGGAAGUGUUAAACCAAGCUUAAAUUAUGUUUUGUGAGCCUGUUCUUAACACUCGUGUUAUUAGCUGUGUAUAAUUCUCCAAUGCUUUAGGUGAUGACCACACCGCCUGGUUAUUUCAGUCAAUGCUGAAUGUUGAAAUGUGUUUGUCUGUGAGAUUGACAUGUUGUUUUAUAUAUUUAUUAAUGAUGUUAAAGCUAUUAUAAUGUUUAGGUACAAAAGGUUACUAUGUGAACGUUAACUGUUGGCAUUUGUGUGUGAUCUGCUAAUCAGGGCUUGUGAAAUGAGCUAGAAACAAACCAUCCUCGCUCCCCUUUGGGCUAGCGUGUGGAAUUAUGCAGUGCCCAUCUGAAAGCUCUCGCAGUCGUCUUGCACGGGCACAGGAACGGAUGGGGAGCUAAGCUAUGACAUGCCUUACCUGCUUCUGACAAGUUUACCACUUGCUUGUUUUCAAAGUGCAUCACACCCUUUGCUGUGCUUUUCGUAUCUUGGAUAAGAUCCCCCAGAGACGUGAGGGGGAUGACUGUUCUGGGACUUCUGCUUCUUGAGUAUAAUGACUUGUUUGAAUUUCAGUUACGAUGUAGGUCUAAACCUCCUGCUGAGCUGAUUUCUGUGUAAGAUGCACUGAGCCAAAAAAGGAGAAGUAGCCUGGCCUAUAUCCUCAGUGAAAAGCAUGAUGGCAUCUUUUGUUCUGACAACAGCCAAUAUUGCAUUUUGCUGUGAGCAAGAAUUGCAAUCACUGUAAAUGGAGAUGUCUAAAUAUUAUCAUCGAUGCAUAUUCUGAGCUUUCAGAUAUGUUAAAUUGGGUUCACACCUAAAGUCUAUUUUGAGCCAAAUAAGUCUUAUAGAUUAGGGACUUUGAGUAUGCUAUUUGCAUACUUUGAGUAUUAUUCAAGCUUUUGGGGUUGGUGAUUUUGAAGCCAAGGACAAUGCUUUUUUAUAAGAGGGACAUAAAGAGUUUUCAGUGAGUUACACAAAUCUAUAGUCUUGUUUUGAUCUUGUACUGUACCAGAUGCUGAUGAUGGUCUAAAUUUUUACUAGCUACCUUUUUAUUAUUUUUAAUAAAAUGUAAUAUAGCAGUGUCCUUCUAAAUGAAUGUAAUAUUUACUACUACAAAUGGAAGAAGAAAAAAAGUGUAAGUACAGUCUUGAAUUCAUUGGUACUUGCUCAUUUUGAGUGAAGCAGAUGCAUUUCAGUGUUUCUUGGGCUUGAUCACCUUUUGGCCUAAAUGCCUGAUGUAUUAUUCGUUCUUUGAUUUUUCUUAUCUUGUAUAAUCUUUUUUUUUAAUACAACUUUUCAAAGAAAUGUGCAAGUGAUUUCUUUUUUUUUUUUGCUUUAAAAGUGCUGAAUUUGUGAGCAAUCUUGAAAUAAACCUCUUCAAAAGAAAUUGGGAAAGAGUGGAUAUAAAUCUUAGUCUUAACUUUUUAAGAGAACUUUACUUUGCUCUGGACCAACUUUGUAUAAGGGCAGUGGUGCAGAUUCAUGCCACACACGAUAAUUCGUACA